CUCAAAACAGCCAAGGGAGGUAACCACGUGACGCAACUUCCGGGUAUGAGUGUGUCUCCUUCCGUGUAUCAUCAUGGCAGCCACGUUGAAACCAUAUUUGAACGCAGUAAAGGAAACAUUGAAUGCAGCAAUAUGUCUUCAAAAUUUCGAUUCCCAGAUGGUGGAAAGACAUAACAAACCAGAAGUUGAAGUCAAGAGCAAUAAGGAAUUACUUUUAACUCCAGUUGUCAUUAGUCGCAAUGAGCGAGAGCGAGUGUUAAUUGAGGGCAGCAUCAACUCUUUACGAAUCAGUAUAGCAAUCAAACAGGCUGAUGAAAUAGAGAAAAUUCUGUGCCAUAAAUUCACAAGAUUUAUGAUGAUGAGAGCAGAAAAUUUUGCCAUUUUGAGGAGAAAGCAAGUGGAGGGCUACGACAUUAGUUUUUUGAUCACAAACUUCCACACUGAGCAGAUGUACAAACAUAAAUUAGUGGAUUUUAUUAUUCACUUUAUGGAGGAAAUAGACAAAGAAAUCAACUUUCUCAAAUUGGCAGUGAACUCUCGGGCCCGUAUCAGUGCUGAAGAGUUCCUUAAAAAUUUUUAACACAUUCCUGGUUAGCAAGUUUCUUAACUAUAGGUUUAUGGUUUGGUGCUGUUUUAUUAAUUUUUUUUUGGAUCAUGGAUUCUAGCAUGUUCAGAUUCUGCUUGCAAGCAGGUCUGGAGCCUACCAAUGCCACUGCUGCUGUUGAAGACACCUCAAGUAAAGUGCUGUUAUGAAUAAAUGAAACCCGCUUGUUUACUACUAGAUUGUUUCAGAAAAUUUUAUAUUUUUGUUGUAAUGCACACAUAGCCGUUUUAGACCCAGGGAUAAUUUAAUAGUUAUUUCUUUGCCUGCUUCAGUUUAACAUUAGUUUAUUUUUUGAAUGUAGACCAAAUGUAAAAGUGAAUAUUUGUUUUAAUGUUUUUAUAUCAGUUAUAUGAUCCAUAU